AUGAGAUUCUUCGCUACUCUUGCUCUGGCUGGCGCCGCCUCCGCUGCCGUCAUCCCUAAUGUGGGCAACCUCCAGGGCGUCGAGGGUGCUGUUAACGGUGUUGAGGGUGCUGCCACCGGUCUUCUUGCUCCCCUGAGCCAGACCGUGGAAGGGACCGCUGGCCCGCUCCUUAGCGAGGUUGAGGGCACCGUCGGCAAUAUCGCCCCCGUCAAGCGCACCUUCGGUAACCAGCUCGAAUACCCUGCUGAGGAAGUGCCCAAGGAGGUGGCAUCGCUCGUCGGUGCUCGCGGUCUCGGCAAGACCGUUGACGGUACUGUCGACGGAGCCGUUGGCACUGUUGGCACUGUUGAGCAAACCGCCGGGAGUACCGUUGAAAACACCGUCGGGAGCACCGUUGGUGGUGUCAGCAAUGGUCUCGUCAAGCGUGAGGACCCCGUCGCCGGCCUGACCGGUCUGACCGGCUCUGCCGGCAGCGUUGCUAGCGGUGUUGUUUCUCCUGUUGAGCAGACUGCCGGUGGUGCCGUUGGCUCCGUUGAGUCUGUGGUUCCCGACGUUGUUGACACUGGCACAUCUGCUGUCAGUGGUGCCACUGGUGCUGUCUCGGGCGCUGUUCCCAAGCGCCAGCUCAGCGGCCUCACCAGCACCCUGGAGGGAACCCUGACCGAGACCUUGGGUGGUCUGACCAGCGGCAACGUCGAUGGCCUCGUCGGAGCCUUGACCAACCUUCAGCACGCCAUCAACAUUGGCUCGCUCACCCAGGGUGACCUCGCCAGCCUUCCUGGCCCCGUCCAGGAGGUUGUCUCUCUGCUGCAGAUCUAA